AUGAAGAGCGGACACUGGCCCCGACCCCGGCCACCCAGUGCCGACAGCCCCAAGCGGGGCCAGGCGGGGCUGGGGAAACGGGGACCCGUCACCUCGCUCAGUGACCAGGCCGGGUUCCUGAGCGCGCUGGCGGUGCUCGCAGAGCGGCCAGACCUGGUGGAGCGGGUGAUGGUCACUCGCAGCCUGUGCGAGGAGGGCGCCUACCAGGUGCGGCUGUGCAAGGACGGCACGUGGACCACGGUGCUGGUGGACGACAUGCUGCCCUGCGACGAGGCCGGCUUCCUGCUCUUCUCGCAGGCGCAGCGCAAGCAGCUGUGGGUGGCCCUCAUCGAGAAGGCGCUGGCCAAGCUGCAUGGCUCGUACUUCGCGCUCCAGGCCGGCCGCGCCAUCGAAGGCCUGGCCACGCUCACCGGCGCCCCCUGCGAGAGCCUGGCGCUGCAGGUCAGCUCCACGAACCCCCGCGAGGACCCCGUGGACACCGAUCUCAUCUGGGCCAAGAUGCUGAGUUCCAAGGAGGCUGGGUUCCUCAUGGGCGCCUCUUGCGGGGGUGGCAACAUGAAGGUGGACGACGCAGCCUACGAGAGCCUGGGCCUGCGCCCACGCCACGCCUACUCCAUCCUGGACGUGCGGGACGUGCAGGGCUCCAGGCUGCUGCGCCUUCGGAACCCGUGGGGUCGCUUCUCCUGGAACGGCAGCUGGUCGGACGAGUGGCCCCACUGGCCUGGACACCUGCGUAGCGAGUUGAUGCCGCUCGGCAGCAGUGAGGGCGUCUUCUGGAUGGAGUACAGCGACUUCAUCAGGUGGGGCGGCGGGCGGCACCCCCCUCCCUCCCUCCCUGGCGCCCCCUGGCGGUGCUGGGUCCAGCCGGCCCAGGGCUCUCGGCACUGCCCGCCCCACCAGCGCCCGGCGCUGGCCCCCGGCCUGUACUGCCCGCUGCUUCUGGAGCACACGCUGGCGCUGCGCCCCACCCAGCCCAAGGGGCCCCCCGGGGGUCUGGUCCCUGGACUGGGGGUGCCCUGGCUGCGUGGCUCCCCCAGGCACUCAGGGCAGGAGAGGGCGUCGCAGUGGGCUUCUCAGGGUGACCCCGAGAGGAAGCUGCCCCCAGGAAGCGGGCUGCCGCCCCCCUCCAGCACGGCCAGGCCUGGUCUCCAGAACAGGCCGCUGGGUGACAGUGGGCACCCUCCAGCCCUCAGGGGGCUGGCCGUGGACGCCCUGGGCGGCCCCCCGGAGACAGACUACGUGGCGGACACGGGCUGGCGCUGGGCCUGGAGAGCCCCUGCCUGCCCGUCCUCGCAGCGCGUGGCCGAGGAGCUCCAGCACCUGCUGCAGUGGCUGAUGGGCGCCCCGGCCGGGCUCAAGGUGAACCGCGCGCUGGACCAGGUGCUGGGCCGCUUCUUCCUCUACCACAUCCACCUGUGGAUCAGUGACGCAUCCUGUGGCACGUGGGCCUGUCUGCCUGCCUGGGCCUGA